AAUGCCGCUUUCUGCCAGCUAGCAAGUUUCUGAAAAAAUAAAGAAAAAUAUCCUCGGAGACUUGUGUGAGCUGAUUAAACACACUCAGCAAACUACUCUGGAUGCCACUGAUAUUAUUAGCUGUUAGCAGAUUUAGCUCCAGUCUUGGCUGUUUUACACACAGCAGAAACACCAUGAAACUCUACAGUCUGAGCAUCUUGUAUAAAGGCUCGACGAAGGCCAACCUGCUGAAGGCGGCGUAUGAUCUGUCAUCAUUCAGUUUCUUCCAGAGAUCCAGUGUACAGGAGUUUAUGACGUUCACCAGUGCGCUGAUUGUUGAGCGUUCAUCAUUAGGAACACGUGCAACUAUCAAAGAGCAAGAGUACUUGUGUCACGUGUACGUGCGAAAUGACAGUCUCGGUGCUGUUGUGAUCGCAGACAGUGAAUAUCCCUCCAGAGUCUGCUUCACUUUACUUGAUAAGGUGCUGGAUGAGUUCUCCAGACAGGUCAACAGUACAGACUGGCCGUCUGGUUCUCCAGCCACCGUUCACUACACAGCACUGGACAGUCAUCUGGCUAAAUACCAGAAUCCACGUGAGGCUGACGCUAUGACCAAAGUGCAAGCAGAACUGGAUGAAACCAAAAUUAUUUUGCACAACACAAUGGAGUCACUUCUGGAGAGAGGCGAGAAGCUGGAUGAUUUAGUUCAGAAAUCUGAGCAUCUGGGAAACCAAUCAAAAGCCUUUUAUAAAACGGCACGCAAGCAGAACUCGUGCUGUGAGAUCAUGUGAUCGGACUGAACUGGACUCUUCGGCCACCUCUUCUUUCUGGUUUUCUAUUUCCCCCCCUCUCUUUCUCUCUGUCCUGGUGUGGGCUGGUGCUUUUAUCACGCAGCAGUCAUAGCGAAUACACGAGACGGCCGAUCCAACGCUAAACAACAACGGGCUCAGAGGGGGCUGAUUUCCCAUGAUGCACCACACUCACUCUGCCAUCGGUUUUCAUGUUGUGUGAGAACUUGGUGUUCUUCUUGACGGUUCCUCAGGGUCUGGCACAAGCUCAUAAACGGAUCCGGAUAAAAGCAUAGAGGGGCUCGAGUCAAACGUCCCCGCUGUGCCUUACUUUAGAUGCAGGUGUGUUGAAUUAGCCUUAUCUCACUGGAGGACAUGCAAGUAACAUGCUGUAAUCUCUGUAUUUUGACUCAUUAUUCAGCUUUGGCAGUUUUGAAGCGCCUUGUAGAGUGGACGUGUAGCGCGAUGAAUUCUUUUUAAAUGUGAAAACGGUAAAUAAUGUGAUAAGUAUUGAUGUGUUCAUAGCGUUCGGAUUCUCGAUAUUGUGUGUAAGUGACUGACCAAAUUAAAUGUUUCAGAGUCUGUUUGUGCACAAUUCUUUUUCCUCUUGGAAAUGUAAAUAAAUUACUGAAUGGUA